AUGAUCCAGGGAGCUUCAACAGGACCUGAGGGUCAGAAACACCUUAAGAUCAGCAACACACAGAGGCCAGUCCCGCCCAGACCGGACCCAGACCGGACCCACCGGACCCACCCUGGACCCACCCUGGACCCACCCUGGACCCAGACCAGACUCACCCUGGACCCAGACCAGACUGAACCCAGACUGGACCCACCCUGGACCCAGACCCAGACUGACCCAGACCAGACCCACCCUGGACCCCACCUGGACCAGACUCACCCUGGACCCACCCGGACCCAGACCAGACUCACCCUGGACCCACCCUGGACCCAGACCAGACUCACCCUGGACCCAGACCCUGGACCCACCCGGACUCCACCUGGACCCAGACCAGACUCACCCUGGACCCAGACCAGACUCACCCUGGACCCAGACUGGACCCAGACCGGACCCACCCUGGACCCAAACUGGACCCACCCUGGACCCAGACUGGACCCAGACUGGACCCAGACUGGACCCACCCUGGACCCACUGGACCCAGACCGGACCCUGGACCCCCUGGACCACCCUGGACCCAGACCAGACUCACCCUGGACCCACCCUGGACCCACCCUGGACCCACUGGACCCGGACCCACCCUGGACCCAGACCCACCCUGGACCCACCCUGGACCCUGGACCCACCCUGGACCCACCCUGGACCCUGGACCCACCCACCCUGGACCCACCCUGGACCCACCCUGGACCCACCCUGGACCCACCCUGGACCCACCCACCCUGGACCCACCCUGGACUCACCCUGGACUCACCCUGGACCCAGACCGGACCCACCCUGGACCCACCCUGGACCCUCACCCUGGACUCCUGGACCCCCCCCUGGACCCACCCUGGACCCACCGGACCCACCCUGGACCCACCCUGGACCCACCCUGGACUCACCCUGGACUCACCCUGGACCUCACCCUGGACCUGGACCCAGCAGGUCCGGGGUCCAGGGUUGGUCCCAGUUUGA